CGAAACGAGCUCAGCCUCUGAAUAGAAAAGGACCUCAUGCAAGGGCUUGUCUGCAAGGGGAGGGACCAAUACUGAACAUCUGCCUUUCCCUACUCUUACGGCAGCCGUCAACGCCUUGAUUCCUCCUCAUCAGGCCACUUGUCGUAACAGACGCCCUCGUAGCGAGCCUCUUUUGCGUAGAUUGUCGAGUGAACCAAACAUAUCAAGAGUGCACGAAAGGGGAAAUAUGUGGGCCUUUACAAAUGAGCGAGAACUCAAUGAGACGAUAAUAAAGGUCAUGGUCCUUGGAGACUCAGGAGCCGGCAAGUCACAGCUGUUCCAGCGGCUUCUUGGUAAGCCGUUCAACCCAAGUUCGAAGCCAACAGCCGGGAUCGAUUUUGGGACUCUAACAGUCAAGAUUGCCUCGGGAAAGAUAAUUAAAGCCCAGAUUGUUGACACCUCGGGCCUAGAGCGAUUCCGAUCUAUCAUACAAUCGUAUUGGAACCUAGCCACGGGCGCAAUCAUUGUUUACGAUGUUACUAGCAUGGACUCAUUCAACGCAGUGCGGAAGUGGGUUCGAGAUUUCAAGAGCAAGCAAGGAAACAAGGGAAUAGAGCCGGUCAUCAUGAUUGUUGGAAACAAAGUCGAUCGGGCAAAAUCAGAACGCCAAGUGCCGACACAUGAGGCUCAAGCGUAUGCGCUAGCCCAAGGGUUCCUUUUCAUGGAAACCUCCGCAUCUGAAAACAGAAACGUGGAUCUUGCAUUCAACGUUCUUUUGACCGACAUUUACUAUUCUAUCGCCGAGUCGUCCGCGGCGCCAGUAAAAGUGAAUCCACCACAAGGAGGGAUGGGGUCAAGUCAUCCUGUUAGCCCGCAACCCCGAUCCUCAUCUUUGCAACCGUCAGAGACGCUUUUAUCACCUCCAAAUACUCCGGAUUCUGAGAGCGGACCUCGUCAUAGAUCAUUUGACGAGCGCCUCUUUGAUCAAGCUAAGGCUUUCUUUAGCUGGAUGGGAAGUGGGGAGGGAAGCUUUGAGAAGAAAGAUGUGCACAGCGGUGAUAGCCAACUUCAAAGGAAAGAAGGUGAAGACAACACCGCACAGGCUGUACUGGCCAGUCUCAAGGCAAAGAGUGUUCUACCAGAGAAGGGAAAGGUACCAGAGUCGGUCGCAUCUAGUUUAGGAGGAUCGGUUGCCUCAGCGAUUCGCGGGCGGUUAGGUAGCAUUGGCUAUGAUGGGCAGCUGGUAUCAUCGGCAGCUGAGCCUGCUGAGACAACCAAGCUAUCACGAUCUCAAACGAUGCUGGUCCGCCCCUCCGCAGGCCGGGGACGCGCCUAGUUAUAUGGCGAGGAUUUAUUUUUGUACAAUAUCCUUCUAAUUCUUGUAUUAUAGCAAAAUACCUAAUUUUUCAGCCC